AUGACAAGCCGUACAAGAAGAGCCGCAUCUGCUGGUAGCAACCAACCACCUGCUGAGAAUCGGCAAGAAGACCAUGAUAUGGCUGAAGCAUCGCAAGACACAAAUCAAGCUGCUACAGAGCAAGAAACUACAAACACUCAAGAUGUACCUCAACCUUCUGGUGCCACUCAACAGCAACAAACCCCUGUUUCAGAACCUCAACCACCUGUUCAGCACCCACAAGUCGAUACAAUCCUUGUUCAACUUAACGAACGCGUGGAGCAAACAGCAAGAGACCUGUUGCAAGCACAAGGAAAAUCACAAGCCGAGCACGAAGAAGCCAUGCGUCAUCACCGUCAAGCGCAAGAAGCUCGCUCAGCUUAUCAGCAUACCCUUAUCCAUGGCCAUUCUCGUAAGGAGGAUCAAAUAGUACCCGCCAACAUGCCAAUGUUGCAGAUCAAGGGAGGCCCUAUGAGAGAUGCAAGCAAAACAAUCCAUGAGUCCGUACAAGCAUUCUGUAGUGCUUUUGAGGCACAGCUCAGGAGCCGUUCGUUGGACCUCAACCGCCACUGGGAAAGGUUGAUCUGGACCACCCUGGAUUCUCAACAAAUACAAUGGGCAACGCAACGUCUUGCUGGUCGUGAUUACACAUGGGAACAAGCUCAAGUCGAAAUUCAACGCAUGUAUGGUAAUCCACUAUACAUUUAUCGCAAGCAAUUUGAGCUUUCAAGAAAGUUCCAACGCCCAGGCCAAUCAUUGAAAUUACACACCGAAGAAUGGCAAGAGUUGGCGUAUGAAGCAAACUGUGAACCAAGUCCCCAGACGACAUUUAAUUAUGUCAACUCCCUACUCAAGCCGGUACGCGAAACCAUUUGGCCCAUUUUGUCAACCAAGUUCGAGUUAAACCUGCCUUCGUCAAUCAAUGAGGUGGCUCAACUCGCCAUUGGAGCCAUGGGAGAGUACAUGGAGGAUGGAUAUGAACAAGUAACACCUAUUGCACGCAAGCGGCAACACAUGGGUAAUCAAGAUGGCACGUUCAAAAGACGUCAAUAUGGAAACUGCCCUGUGCACCCCAAGGGUAGUCAUGCAGCAAACGAUUGUCUCGUUUUACGUCAACUUAAUCAAGGUCGGCAACAAACAUCUCAACACGCACCCAUCAAGGACAAGGGUCCACGUUUGUGCAGAUAUUGCAAAAAGGCACCUUAUCAACCAGGGCACAAGUGCUCAGAGUAUUAUCAACAACGAAAAGUCGUACACAAUCGUAGCAUCAACGUCAAUCAAACAUCGUCGUCUCGCGAUCAAGCGAUUUUGGAUCACCUGUUGCCCGUCAAUCUUGAGAAGAUGGAUAUCACUGGUACGCACAUUUGA